CAUAACCGUAACUUUCUUAAAAUUUGAUUUUGCGUGACUGCUUGGUUAUGUAGAUACUCCUCCGAGUUUUGGUUUCCCCAUAUCUAUUCAAAUGCUUGUUUUGUAAAAAAUUUUUUUCCUUCUGAAUAUUAACUUAAAUUGAUUGGUACCUAACAAAAUCUUGUUUAUUUACGAACAGAUUGAAAGUUUCGGGAAACUAUUCCCAAAUAUGAAUUUUUUACACCUAUUUAGAAAGCGCGAAUUUACUAUUUCAAUAUAUAAGUGUCCUUAUGAUAGUAAAUAUUUGUAUUGAUUAAUUUAAAUCCUAGGUGGAAGAGUUUUUCAGAAUAACAAUGAAUCCACUGAAAGACAAUGAAGAUGUUGCUUGUUUUGCUGUCACAAAACAUUCAUGGAAAGGAAAGUACAAAAGAAUAUUUUCUGUUGGAACCAUGGGCAUUUCUACUUAUAAUCCUGGGAAAAUAGAAGUUACUAACCAGUGGUUUUAUAGUGAUUUUAUAAACAUCACGCCCACUGGAAAAGGACAGACAGGUGAUGAAUUCAUAAUUAAUAUGAAAAAAGGUCGAAAAAUUGAGUCCAUGAAAUUUUCUUCUGAACAUAGAGCAGAAAUAUUAACUGAAGCAUUGAGAUUUAGAAGCAAAUUUGCUGACUCAACUUAUUCUUCUCCUAGAUACAGUGCAUUAAAGUUACACUGGUCAGAUAGUACAUUACCCGUUACACUAGAACUGUCUCCAGCAAGCAUACAACAAAAAGAUGUUACAAGUGGCUCUACAAUUGCUUCAUACGACUAUAAAGAUAUCCAACAGUUUGUCCUCGUUUCCGACCGAGAAGGGGGAUUUGUAGUUGUGUGCAGUGAGUUCGGACGACAGGUAUGAUAAUUUUUUUUAAAGCAAUUCUUUUGCAUGGUUGUAUAAUCAUAAGAAGUACAUUAAAUUUGCAUGCUUAGUCAAUUUAUUUGUAUGUAUAUAUAUACAGUCUAACGUCACAUAUCCGGACGUCCCUUUUCCGGAAGGGUCGAUUUCCCAGACACUUUUUAACAAUCAAAAUAAACAAACAUUUCUUCAUCUUCCCCUCUCCUUUAAAAAAAAAAAAAAAAAAAAAACCAAGUCUUUUGACAGGUUUUUUCCCUUCUCAGCUUCUA